AUUUUUUCUCAAACAUUUUGUAGAGAAUCACCCAAGAUAAACAGUAUCUUCCUCGAUGUUGCAAGUCCUCUAUUCAUGUUCUUGGAUGAGGGGAUUCUUUUUUUUAUCUAAAAAUUUGACAAGCAAUUCUUUAAACAAAGACGCUUCUUUCCAAACUGCCUGCCAUUCAAGAAGACAAGCGGGGGAUGCAGAAGAGCAGAGUCAACCCAUUCCUUUGAUCGGCGGCGGGAAUGACGACGCGUCGCCGGCUCCUCCGCACGCGCGCCGAGGCGGCGGUGGCGUCUGUGGUGUCCGUCCACCCCCACGAGAUUCCCCCGCUGAUGAGUGCCGCCGCCACCUUCUUCUUCAUCCUGAGCGCCUACUUCAUGGUGCUGCCGCUGCGGGACGAGGGGGCCAUCUCCCUGGGGCUCGACACCCUCCCGGGCCUCUUCGCCGGCUCCCUCCUCCUCACCGUCCUCGCCGCCCCCGUCGCCUCCCUCGCUUUCUCCCUCCCCUCCAUCCCCAAGCCCAGGGCUUUGGUCUUGAUACAUAGGUUCUUCAGCAUAUCUCUUCUUGCAUUUUUUGUGCUUUGGUAUGCCUCUAGCCCCAGGCAUUCCCAAUCCAUCUCCCAGUCUAGUGAAGAUGGUUCGAGUAAACAUGCCGGGUGGGGAAACCACAGCUGGUUCUACAUAGUAGUAAGAAUAAGCUUGUUUCUUUGGGUUGCUUUGCUUAAUCUCAUCACGAUAUCAUCAACUUGGGCAAGGGUAAUUGAUGUCAUGGACAGCAAGUCAGGUUCAAGAUUGUUUGGUUUUAUUGGGGCUGGUGCUACAGUAGGGCAACUUUUUGGUUCAUUGUUUGCGGCAAGCAUGGCGUGGCUGGGACCCUUUAUGCUCCUGUUUUCAUCCCUCUUGAUGGAACUUGCCGCGCUGUCAUCAACAGGAAUUUGCACUGAUGAUAAUCACGGUUCAACUGAACUGUCUGCAACUCGAAAUGAAGGCACAUCCCAAUCUUUUGCUGACUGCAGACCAGAACGAAUUCAAAAUGCAGAGGCUGAUGAUGAAAUGUCUUCACUGGUCACUUCACCUAGAUCUCCUUUUCAAUCUCAAAAGGCCAAACCUGAGAUUUUUGUAAUGUUUGAAGGUUUUUGGCUAAUCUUGCGCUCGCCCUACCUGAUAUACAUAUCUCUAUUUCUAUGGCUGAGUGCAGUUGUCUCAUCCUUCUUUUACUUUCAGAAAGUAACGAUAAUUGCUACUACAAUAUCAAGCCCAACCACCAGAAGGAGAACAUUUGCACUGAUAAACAGCUUUAUAGCAGUUUUUAUUCUCACGGGACAGAUCACUUUGACGGGCCAUAUCCUUACAGUAGCUGGUGUAACAGUUGCUAUCUGUGCAUCUCCACUUGUUGCGGCCUCAAAUAUGGUUGCCCUUGCUUUAUGGCCAACUUGGAUUGUCGUGGCUGUCACUGAAACAACUCGAAAGGUAACUACUUAUGUUUUGACAAGACCUGGAAGGGAGUUGUUAUUCACAGUUGUCUCACUGGAUGAGAAGUACAAAGCCAAGGUCUGUAUAGACGUUAUUGUCCAAAGGCUUGGUGAUGCGACAGCUGCUGGAAUUUACAGUUUGCUGUUCAGCAGACUUGAGAAGAAAGCAUCCAUGGUUACCCUCUAUGCAUUGCCGCUCUGCUUCCUGUGGCUUCUCACUGCAUUUCAUUUGGGGCGGCUCCAGACAAAUCUUGCCAGGCUUCAGGCCGCUCCCGUGCCAUCCUAAUUCCUAACCCUUAAAGGACUAAAACUUGAUACCGCUAUAUAUUUCAUGUUUUUACCGGGAGUGAAGCUGGUUAUUCCUGGCCUUUUCUCUCUAGGUUUUGACUCAAUAUAGAGAACUGCUGGACGUAGCCUGAGAUAGAUAGUGCUUCCAGGAUGUAGAAAGAAUAGUCUCUAAAAGGCAUGCCAUUGUUGAUAUUGAAUUUCCUCGCUUGUUUCUAAGGAUGGCAGAAUCAUGGUGAAACCUUUGAAUCCAGACUUUUCCUUUUAGGACGAAACUGCAGUUAACUACAGAGAGAGUUCAACAAAGAGAAUGAGAUUGUAUACAAUAAAGAGAAAAAGGAGUGCUAAGACAUGUAGAGUAGAACGAUUUGCUAUUCUUGUAUCACCUUCAGUUACUGCAUGGCAGAAACCGUAUCAUGCAAACUGCAGGGUAAUAUUACUCCGGUGUUAAUGGAAGUCUUCCUGGACUUAUUGGGCAA